AUGAGAGCCGGUUUAAGUACGAUCCAACAGACUCUGACGCCGGAGGCUGCCACCGUCUUAAACCAAUCAAUCUCCGAGGCGGCGCGUCGUAAUCACGGCCAAACCACGCCUCUUCAUGUCGCAGCCACUCUUCUUGCUUCACCGGCGGGUUAUCUCCGACGAGCUUGCAUCCGAUCCCAUCCCAAUUCCUCCCAUCCGCUUCAGUGCCGAGCACUCGAGCUCUGCUUCAGCGUCGCCCUCGAGCGUCUCCCCACCGCGACGGCGACUCCGGCGAACGAUCCGCCGAUCUCGAACGCGCUUAUGGCGGCGCUGAAGAGAGCGCAGGCUCACCAGCGGCGUGGAUGCCCGGAGCAGCAGCAGCAACCGUUGCUAGCGGUUAAAGUGGAGUUGGAGCAGUUUAUCAUCUCGAUUUUGGAUGACCCGAGUGUGAGUCGGGUUAUGCGAGAGGCUAGCUUCUCCAGUCCCGCAGUCAAAGCUACAAUUGAACAGUCUCUGAGUAACAAUUCGUCGAAUCCGACGCCAAUUCCGAGCGUUUCCUCCGUCGGUUUGAAUUUCCGACCCGGUGGAGUGAGCCCGAUGAACCGGAACACGUAUCUCAACCCAAGGCUGCAGCAGAACGCGUCGGCGCAAUCGGGGCAAGUUAAGAGCGACGACGUGGAGCGAGUCAUGGAGAUAUUGGGUCGGGCGAAGAAGAAAAACCCGGUUUUAGUCGGGGAUUCGGAGCCUGUUCGGGUAAUUCGCGAGAUCCUUAAGAAAAUCGAUGCCGGAGAAGUCGAUAAUCCGUCGGUGAAGAGCUCGAAGGUGAUUCAUUUCGAGGAAAUCAAUUCGGAUAAGGCUCUGCGAAUCAGGGAAUUGGACGGGCUGCUCGAGACCCGAAUUAAGAACUCGGAUCCUGGCGGCGGCGGAGUGAUUCUCGAUCUGGGAGACUUGAAAUGGCUCGUGGAGCAACCGAGCUCAACGCAACCUCCGGCAACACUCUCUGUGGAGGUAGGGAGGACGGCGGUGGCGGAGCUGCGGAGGCUUCUCGAGAAAUUCGAAGGAAGACUCUGGUUCAUCGGAACCGCGACGUGCGAGACUUAUCUAAGAUGUCAAGUUUAUCAUCCUUCAAUGGAGACAGAUUGGGAUCUUCAAGCCGUGUCGGUGGCUGCCAAAGCUCCGGCGUCCGGCGUUUUUCCAAGGCUUGUGAACAAUUUGGGAUCAUCGGCUCAAUCAUUCACGCCGUCGAAGAGCUUCGUGCCUGCGAAAAGAAGAUUGAAAUGUUGUCCAGAGUGUUCGCAGAGUUACGAGCGAGAGCUCUCUGAAAUUGAAUCAACGUCUCAAGAGGUUAAACCAGAAGUAGCUCAGCCGAAACAACUGCCACAGUGGCUGUUGAAAGUUAAACCGGUCGAUCGUAUACCGCAGGCAAAGGUUGAAGAAGUGCAGAAGAAAUGGAACGAUGCGUGUGUGCGUCUUCAUCCUAGCUUUCACAACAAGAACGAGAGGAUCGUUCCGAUUCCGAUUCCGAUACCGUUGACGACGAGCUCCUACGGUCCCAAUAUGCUUCUUCGUCAGCCGUUGCAGCCUAAGUUACAUCCCAAUAGAGAAUUGCGUGAGAGAAUACACUUGAAGCCUGUGAGCACUUUAGUGGCUGAGCCGGUUCAGACAGAUCUUGUUCUUGGAAGAACAGAGGAUUUGGAGAAAGAUGGAGAUGCACGAGUAGUGAGAGACUUUCUCGGCUGCAUAUCAUCAGAACCAGUACAGAACAACAACGAUAAGAUCAGCGUGAUGCAGAAGGAGAAUCUUGAGAACUCUUUAGACAUUGACUUGUUCAAGAAGCUACUGAAAGGAAUGGCAGAGAAAGUAUGGUGGCAGAACGACGCAGCCUCUGCGGUGGCUGCGACGGUUAGUCAAUGCAAGCUCGGGAACGGGAAGCGGCGCGGUGUUGUAUCGAAAGGAGAUGUGUGGUUACUCUUCUCAGGGCCGGAUAGAGUUGGAAAAAGGAAAAUGGUGUCUGCUCUGUCUUCCCUUGUCUACGGGACGAAUCCGACGAUGAUCCAGCUCGGUUCGAGACAGGAAACCGGAGACGGGAGCCACAACAUCCGUGGUAAAACCGUCUUGGAUCGGAUUGCGGAAACCGUCAAGAAGAGUCCUUUCUCUGUUAUCUUGCUUGAAGACAUCGACGAGGCGGAUAUGUUGCUGCGUGGGAGCAUAAAGCGAGCGAUGGAUAGAGGAAGGAUUUGUGAUUCUCACGGACGAGAGAUUAGUUUAGGUAACGUGAUCUUCGUCAUGACGGCGAGCUGGCAUGCGAAGGCAACGUCUUUUGGAGACGAUGAAGCGAAGCUCCGGGGUUUGGCGAGCGAGAGCUGGCGGUUGAGGUUGUCUGUGAGGGAGAGAUUCGGGAAACGGCGAGCUAGCUGGUUGUGUAGCGACGAGGAGAGGCUGACGAAGCCGAAAACAGAGCAUGGAUCGUCGGGUUUGUCUUUCGAUUUGAACCUAGCCGCAGCCGCUGAUACAACGGAUGAUGGUGGUUCUUAUAACACGAGCGAUCUCACGACGGAGAACGAUCAAGAAGAGCAAGGGUUUAGCGGGAAGAUGUCUCUGCAGUGCGUUCCGUUUGCGUUCCACGAGCUGGUGAGCCGCGUGGACGAUGCGGUGGCGUUCCGGGCGGUUGAUUUCGGAGCCGUGAGACGGAAGAUAUCGGAGACGUUGUCGGAGAGGUUCGCGAGGGUUGUUGGAGAGUCGUUAUCGAUAGAGGUGGAGGACGAGGCGCUUCAGAGGAUAUUGAGCGGAGUGUGGUUAGGUCAGACGGAGUUAGAGGAGUGGAUUGAGAAGGCGGUUGUUCCGGUUCUUAGCCAGCUUAAGGCUCGAGUGUCGUGUUCUGGUACUUACGGUGACCGUACGGUUGCUCGGUUAGAGCUGGAUGAAGAUUCCGGUGAACGGAGCGCCGGUGAUUUUCUGCCGACGAGUAUUACGUUGGCAGUUUGA